AUGGCGGCUUCAAGUCAGGAACCCCAUCUUGUCAAAACUGGUCACGGUGGAAAUGGAAUGUUGGAAAAAGAUGCCUUAAACGCUGCCACUCUGUUCGGAGCUUUCAGAAACACUUUUUUUCCUGCAGAAAAUUUAAAUGGUUUACAUCGUGGAAAUGCCGACGAACUUCUUCUGCCAAAGGAUGAGGGGCAUGAGUUGCCCAAGAGUCACUCUCCAAAGAAGAAACUAGGUGUUCGUAGUUCUCUGGUGGAUGAAGCUAUGUGCUCAGGCUCAGGUGGCUCAGGCAGUGUAACUAAGGAGACAGCCUUCAGUUUUCCAACCCGUCACAAGAAGCGUGAUGAGCUUAGUGAAGCAGAGUGUGAUCGGUCUUCUCCUCUCCAUGCCCCAGUUUAUUACAGAGUCUAACAGUUGUGGUUACCUGUACAGUCCAAGCUGUGGUGAAGCAUCUAAUUCUCACUAACAGUUUCCAUCAACUGGCAUAGUAGUCUGGGUGAAGUGCCUGCAAGAGUAACAGUAGUUCUAAAUUUUAAUUUUAAUCCUUAGCUUUCAUAAUACUUGUAAUAUUUGUGGGGUAUCUCUGUAGUAGUAUUGUGCAUUAACUAUUUUUGCAAGUGAAGAUGCAUGAUUUGUACUAAUGGUGUGUGAGCUGUAGACAUUGUUGAAAUAUUAUUUUCUUUUGAAAUUUCAUAAUCAUGGAUUUUCAAUUCAGUUUCUGUAACUGAAGGCCUCAUUACCACUCAUGAUUUUCAUUUUUCUGAUAACAUUUUCUUCAUUUGAGAGAAUUACAUGACUAUUAUUAAGAAUAUUCCUCAACUAUUAUGCAAAAUCAUAAUUCCUGAGCUACAUUAGGUGACAGGUGUGCUUUGAAAGUAAUUCUUCUUGAAUGUCUUUGUGUAAGAUUUACUUUGGACUGACAGGCAGAUAAUCAACAGUCAAGUGAAAAUAUAUUUUUUCAGAAUUUGAAAAUGAAUAUGAGGAACGUGUCUCUUCAAGAAUGGCAUUGAAGUACAAAAAUGCACUAUUCCAUCAGUAAAUUUUUCCAACCCUGAGAUCUAAAAUUGAAUUACUCUUGCAUGUUGAAAAAUAUUCUAAUAGGAGAAUCAACAUUUUAACAUAUUAAAUAUGUAUGUAUUAUUUAAAAAAUUUAAAUAAUAAUUAUUUCAUGUUAUAUGAAUUCAUGAAAGUUUCUUAUGAAAUACAAGUUGUUGGCUGAGUGAGAUAAUUUCAUUGCCUUUCCCUGAAUGUUACAAGAGAAAAUUCCUAAAUUUACAUUCAUGAUGUUUUCAUAAAUUUUGGGAUACCAAAGUACUUCAGUAAAUAAAAAAUUGAUUUAUGUGCGAUCUGUCACACAUAUGAAGAAUUUUUUUUAUUCAUGAGAUUAACUAUAAUGUAUUAGUGCUGUUGACACUAUAGUCACAUGAUGUUAUUAAUAAUAGUUGUAAAUCACAUAACAUUACCUGACUAAAACCUUACCAUUACCUAAUAACAUUUUCUGAUAAACAUCUUGGGGAAAAACAAAACUGAAGAUCUUUUGUUCCAACUUUUCUAAAAAAUAUAUGUUUUAAUUUUUAGUCAAUUGAAUAUUUGAUUUACAUCAUGCUAAGCAUUUAUGUUAUUCUGAUUUUCUCCAAUCACGUAAUCUAAAAUGAAUAUAAAA